AUGACUCAGGAGAGAGACGACGCGGCCUCUUCGUUUGCCGGCGCCAAAAUCAACUUCUCUGUCGGCUCCUUCGACAGCACGGGUGAGAAAUGUGGUGGGCUUGGGUGCCAUCGCGGCGAGGCUGAUAGAGUCUUGCCUGAGCGUAUCAAGGAGUUGGGAGCUAGGCUGUCUUCCGUCCCUAGCAACGUACCGACAAACAAUAUCCAUGCUAUCCUCACUUCCUAUUACGACUCGGUGGUUUCCACUUCGUCUAGCGAUGAGCUUGAUCUCCUCGAUCUGCUUGCCGUUGUUCAGCACUGGCGGGUGAAUAUACUUCCCGUACAAUGGAACGAGGACGAAGAUAUCGGAAGCGGAGGUACUGCUGGUAUUACUCAAGGCGUGAAUGCCAGAGACUCUAGCAGCAGCACUCAGCUUGACUUUGCUUUCAAGCGCGUACACAGAGAGCAUCUAGAAGGGAAUGACGAGCGCGCCGACCUGCAGACUCUCUUUUCCGAAGUCUUGGUUCUAGGACAUCCUGUCAUCCGACACCAUCCAAACAUCCUUGAGCUCGAAGGUAUAUGCUUCGAGGAUGUCAACAACAACGCAUGGCCCGUCUUGAUUUUCAAGAAAGCCAGCCACCAGGAUAUGCGAAAUUUCAUGAUUAUACGGUCUCAAGAAUACAUGGGCGCUAGUGAAAGGCUGAAGUUAUGUGGGGAUAUCGCCAACGCCAUUCUGCUCAUGCACGCCUGCAAUGUAAUCCACGGAGACAUCAAACCAGAAAACGUGUUGAUUUUCGAUGAUGGGGGGGAAAACUUCACGGCCAAGGUUUCAGACUUUGGCUAUUCUUCGUUGCGAACUAGCAACGAAGGACAAAUUAACCUCCCGGAAUCGUGGCCGUGGACAGCUCCAGAGAUCCUCAUUGAAAAUACUACCACAUUUGCCUGCGCUAAGUCCGCCGAUAUAUUUUCGUUCGGCAUGCUUUGCGUCUGGAUCUUGUUCGUUGGCUCAACAUCGACGCAAGCAAUGGAAACUAAAAGACCACAAGAGACGAAUGCUUCUCUUGACUAUAUCCUGUCCGGACUAAAGAAGGAUAGCCAGCUUCUAGACUACGCCAAGACCCAGAUUGACCAAAUGAGCGGCAUUAGUGAUGACAGGAAAGCAUCGCUUUAUCAGUUUUUUGCGUCCAGUCUGAGCAAAAAUGUGGACGAAAGGGAUUUGAACGAGAAGGUAGUGAAGUCGGCGUUUGGGUGCGACUGUGCGACAGACGUUCUCAUGUCUCAAUUUGGCCAAUCAGCAACACCGCCGGGAAAACCGCUCUUUCAGCUCACUAGUUCUUACCGGCAAUUCAAGAACUCUAGGCCUAGCCUUAAAGAAUGCGUGGUCAGCUGCUUUAAGAACAGAGCUGGAAACAGUAUAGACGAUACCAUUCGGAACAUUUCCGCAUUCCAAUUAGCGUUUUGCUACAAUGUCGGAUUCGGCGUUCCCUCUGAUCCAGUCGAAUCUACCUCUUGGCUACGGCGAUGUGAUAAGGGAGUCCAGGACCUUGAAGACAUGCUUAGAAUGACCAAUGAUGAUGAAUCUCGUCGUUACGGGAACGUCAAGGUUCAUGCAAGCAUGUUCGGAGACGGCGGUGAAAAAUCGAGGAACAAAGGGAAGGGGAAGCUUGUAACUGGAAAAGAGAACACUGUGGAGGAACAUGCCUCUCUUCAGCAUGGGCCAGAUGCGUCCGCAAUGGGAACCGCUGUCGGAUGGAUAUUUUCGAAUUUUGGAGUGAAGAAUACUAAAGAAAUAAAGUUCCUGGAUGUAACAAACGCUGGAUACGAGGACAAUGGACGGGCUGAGUUGUUGAAGCGCUGUAGGGAAGAGUUUAGGUGGGACAAGCCCGACAGCGAGUACGAGACUGUAACCAUUGAAGUCGCGUUUCACGAGGAUGAUGUUGGAAAGAACAGGCCAGUUGAUGGAGGGAUUGCGGACGAUACCCUUCAGAACCAGGAAUAUGAAGAAAAGGCGCAGUUGGAACGAGUCGAAACCAAAAUCAAAGUCCUUGGCGAGGAUCACCCCGAUGCUUUAGAAAGCAUGGAGACACUGGGACGUCUGUAUUGGAAUAACGAAAACCGAUGGGCGGAAGCCAAACAGUUGGUGAUUCGGGUAAUGGAGAUCCUCAUCGGGACUCUCGGGGUCAACCAUCCAGACACGCUAGAAGCCAUGGAAAGAGCUGCAACGAUGCACAUGUUCUUCGAAAGAUGGGAAGAAGAAGAAGACUUACGUCUUCGAAUCAUGGAGAUAAGAUUGAGGCUUUUCGGUAUCCGCAACGGAAACACCCUAGACUGCCUUGAGUGCCUAGUUCGGCUGUUCCUGAAAACUCAAAGGCUUACGGAAGCAGAAGAGCUGCAGGAACAAGUGGUGGAGGCUAGGAUGGUUGCUCCUGGCGUCACGGACGCCAAGGGAUUAAAGAGUAUGGAAUUGAUGGUUGAGAUUUUAAUGGCAGAUGAAAAGUGGGAAAAGGCGGAGCGAUAUCAGCAAUGGAUUGUGCACGCGAGGCGGCACACAGUUGGAGACAAAAAUGUCGACACUUUGGAAAGCAUUGAAGUCUUAGUCGCCAUAUAUGUUCUGCGUGGGCAGAGAUAUAAGGAAGCCGAAGAGCUGCAGGAUUUAGCCGCAAGUGCGUACGCACAGAUUCACGGCUCAGAUCACCCAGCAACGUUGAUGAGCCAGGAGAAGCUAGCCUCUAUUUACGCUCUGGAUCAACAGUACGAAAAGGCGGAGGACAUCUACCGCCAAAUUGUUGAUGUUCGAACAAGACGUUCUGGGUGUAUUGAAAAGGAUGAUCUGCAAGCUAUGCAAUUCCUUGCUCUGUUGUACAAGAUGCAACAACGAAAUUCAGACCUCGAGGAUAUACAGCGAAUGAUUGUUGAAGCGAGAAAGCACAACUUCGGCCAAGAGGAUUCAAGCACUCUUGCAGCCAAAAAUGACCUCGCCUCAACGUGCAUGCGGCUGCAGCAGUGGGACAUAGCGCAAACGUUGUAUGAAGACGUCUUGGAAUCGAGAAAGAAGAUCCUAGGCUCGAGUAAUGAGGAGACUCUGAAAAGCAUGAACGAUCUCGCCAUGGCAUGCAAUGCUGCCGGGUCAUUCGAGAAGGCAGAGGUCCUAUUAUCUGACGUCCUAGAGAAGGCAAGGGAAUCAGUGGGCUCGAAACAUUCAAUUACGGCAAGAGCGGUGUAUAAUCUCGCGGAGACAUACAAGUACUUGGGAAAUUGGGAGAAAGCGGAAGAGUUGCUAUCUACAGAGAGGUCUGCUGCUGGACAUCUGGGUUUCAUUGAUGACGCAAACGACCUAGACGACGAAUACUUCAAGACAUGUAGGACGCUGGAAGAUUUGAACGAAGUUAUUCCCGUUCUAGAGGAAGGAGCUAUGACUAUUCCAGAAGGCCAUCCCGCUCGUGCUAUGAAGUUGCAUGAGCUCAGUGAACUCUACCAGCGUAAAUUCCACGCCUAUUAUGAGCCGGCCGAUCUAGAUACAGCGCAGAACUGGGCAGAACAAGCCGUCGACGCAGCUUUCGGAAACAAUGCCUUUCAGUCCUUGCUAUUAAAGGCCUUAGGGAAGAUUUGGUGGGAAAAGUUCAAGAUGACGAGUCAAGAGGAGCAUAUGAAUAGAGCCGUAGACGAAGCCGAGAAGGCGGUGUACAUUGCGGAGAACACGAAUCCAAAUCGAGCCAUCCUGUUAGCAAACUUGGCUAAGAUGCUCGUGCGUCGGUACGAGCGAACUCGGGAUGAAGACGACCUCGAUGCUGCAUUUGUUUGGGCUGAGCAGGCAAACAUAUCGACCGCAGAGAGUCAUCCAGAGAGUCAUCCUGACCGAGCGAUAACCUCACAUCGCUUGAGCAACACGUACUGGCAUCGAUUCAAUAGCUUAGGGAAUUUGGAUGACCUGAAAGAAGCGGUUAAAUAUGAGGAGGAGGCUCUCGAAACUCUGCGCGACAAUGAUUGCAAGCGCCCACUGAGGCUCUACUCUUUCGCUAAAAUGCUCAAAACUCGAUAUGAGCGUACCGAAGAUAUUGAACACUUGGAGCAAAGUUUGAUCUGGUACGAACAAGCCGUCGAGUCCGUACCCAGAACAGGAAAGGAAGCCUUCACGAGGUGCGUGUGGCUUGGAGAUUUGAUCAGACUCUUUGAAAAACGGUUCGAACUUACCGGGAACCUUGACGACUUGGACCAGUCCAUUGAUAGAGCCAAUGAAGCAGCGGACAUCGCCAGUGAUGACACCCUGGAGCUGCCCUUAGGUUCCAUCCUCACCAAUCUAGCGGGCCAGUAUUACCAACGCUUCACUUGCACUCCUGACGCCGACCUCAAGGACUUCGAAAAUGCUGUGCAGCUGGCGGAUCGCGCUGUUGAGGCCACUCCUGAAGAUCACAAGGAUUGGGCUUAUGCACUACAUAAUCAACAGUUCUUAUACGACUCAUACAACCAGCUGGUGUCUGCGGUAGUAGCAGCCAUGGGACAAGAUCAGGGCGAGGACGAGGAAAAUGAGGAUGAAGAGGGCGGGAAUGGUGAGCGCGAGAAUGGUGAGCGCGAAAAUGAAGGAUAAUAGAGGAGAGAGAGAGGUCAGAUCAUAGGAGCAUAGGUGGAUAAGUAUGUACAUCAAAGGAGGAAGGCGUUGAUAAGCAUGAUCAACAAGCUGGACGCCAUGUCGUUUGCAACGGCCAAGUGAUGAAAAUAGAAUCCCGAGUCUUCAGCUCACUCCUGCCAGGAUCUAGGGCAAUUACUCGCGUCCUGACUGACUCUUCGGAUAUUACUGCGCAGUAGACUCUAUGUAUUUAGUAACGCUGCUAGUUCGUUUGUCGC